AUACUUCCCGUCACAGCAUUCAGCUUUUUUACAGCCUUGGUGAACCCAACGGAGAAAGGUGUAUACAAACUUUCCUGCCAAACCCGGACACACCCAGAAGGCAGGAUGACCUCUGUGGUCAGGGUAGAAGAAUGCAUAAGGGAGCCAGAAACCAGAUCCCAUGUACCUGAUGAUGAGGAUGACUAUGAGGAUGAGGAUGACUAUUAUGAAUCUACAGUGUUGGAUAUGGCGGAUGAUCCUGGACAGGUGGACCCGCGAUCUCAUAGUAAACGCAAUCCUGUGACCUGGACACACUAUAUUGCGGCAAUAGAGAUGGACUGGGACUAUCAACCAACAAAAAAUGACAAAAGGAACCGUUUUUUCACUAAAGUUCUGUACAGAGAAUUUACCAACUCCAAAUUCACU